CGGCUUCCGCCCGUGUCCAAGAUGGCGUCCCAGCGUCCUUCUUAACUUCCCCCUGCCUUGGUGGCGUCUGACGUCGGAGCUGGUAGUGGGUGGAGCGGUUAACAACCCGCAAAUGUAGGGUCCUCUGAGCGGGAAUCAGCCAUGGACUGGAAAGACGUGCUCCGCCGGCGCUUAGCGUCGCCCAACACGGAUCCAAAGCGGAAAAAAAGUGAACAAGAAUUAAAAGAUGAAGAAAUGGAUUUAUUUACCAAAUAUUAUUCCGAAUGGAAAGGAGGUAGCAAAAACACAAAUGAAUUCUAUAAGACCAUUCCCCGGUUUUAUUACAGGUUGCCAGCAGAAGACGAAGUGUUACUACAGAAGUUAAGAGAGGAAUCUAGAGCCGUAUUUCUACAGAGGAAAAGCAGAGAACUCCUAGAUAAUGAAGAAUUACAGAAUUUAUGGUUUUUGCUGGAUAAGCACCAGAUACCACCUAUGAUUGGAGAGGAAGCAAUGAUCAAUUAUGAAAAUUUUUUGAAGGUUGGUGAAAAGGCUGGACCAAAGUGCAAACAAUUUUUUACUGCGAAAGUCUUUGCCAAGCUCCUCCAUACAGAUUCAUAUGGGAGAAUUUCCAUAAUGCAGUUCUUUAACUACGUCAUGCGAAAAGUUUGGCUGCAUCAGACAAGAAUAGGACUCAGUUUGUAUGAUGUUGCUGGGCAAGGAUACCUUCGGGAAUCAGACUUAGAAAACUACAUACUGGAACUUAUUCCUACUUUGCCACAAUUAGAUGGGCUAGAAAAAUCCUUUUACUCCUUUUAUGUCUGUACAGCAGUUAGGAAGUUCUUCUUCUUUUUGGACCCUCUAAGAACAGGGAAGAUCAAAAUUCAAGAUAUUUUAGCAUGCAGCUUCCUAGAUGAUUUACUGGAGCUAAGGGAUGAAGAAUUGUCCAAAGAGUGUCAAGAAACAAAUUGGUUUUCUGCUCCUUCCGCCCUGAGGGUCUAUGGUCAGUAUUUGAAUCUUGAUAAAGAUCACAAUGGCAUGCUCAGUAAAGAAGAACUCUCCCGUUAUGGAACAGCAACCAUGACCAAUGUCUUCUUAGACCGUGUUUUCCAGGAGUGUCUCACCUACGAUGGAGAAAUGGACUAUAAGACCUACCUGGACUUUGUUCUCGCCUUGGAAAACAGAAAGGAGCCUGCAGCUCUGCAGUACAUGUUCAAACUGCUGGACAUUGAGAACAAGGGCUAUCUGAACGUCUUUUCCCUGAACUAUUUCUUUAGGGCCAUACAAGAACUAAUGAAAAUCCAUGGCCAGGAUCCUGUUUCAUUUCAAGAUGUCAAGGAUGAAAUCUUCGACAUGGUAAAACCAAAGGAUCCUUUGAAAAUCUCGCUUCAAGAUCUAAUCAACAGUAAUCAAGGAGACACAGUCACCACCAUCUUAAUCGAUCUGAAUGGCUUCUGGACUUAUGAGAACAGAGAAGCCCUUGUUGCUAAUGACAAUGAGAACUCUGCAGACCUCGAUGACACAUGACCUCUGAAAGACCACACUGCCUUCAUAAAGACGCUUGAAGGCUGCAUGCAGACCCUCUGGGGCAAAAUCCUUAGAAACAUUCUAAAUAAAACUCAUCACAUGCCUGUAAACACA